GUGUGGUCAUGCAUGACACCGUCCAAGGGGGUCAAGCACUAGGGUGUCAAGCAUGAUGCCGAAGUGAAAAUUGGCCAAGUAUGGAGAUCCAACCGUCCAAGGGAGUCAAGCAUGACACCGUGCAAUGAGGUCAAGUACCGGAUACCAAACAUUAGGGCAUCAAGCAUGAUGCCACCCCAAGGGGGUCGGAUCCAUCGAACCCCCAAGCACUUUAGUGUCGAGCAUGACGUCAUGUCAAGGUGGUUAGCACGAGUACCACCAAGCGUGAAGCCUUCACUCACCAAACAAGACACCUCAAUGGCACAAGGGGUUAGCUAUCAAGUGGCAAACACGCAAGACAGUCAAGGCGUCAAGCAAGCUACAUCAAACACCAAGCAGUGGAGCAGCGAUUACCAAGAGGCAAUUGCACGACGGUUACAAGGGAUGACUAUAUAUAGGAGAAACGAAGACGAAGGAAGGGUUCCACAACCAACCAUUUGACACACUAUGUCAAACUUUUAUUCUUUCUCUGCAAAUUAGCUAUAACCCUGAGUUUUCAGAGCUCUCACUGAAUCUCCAUAGAAGUAGAGUAACGUAAUUUAGAUUAUUCCCAAAAACCAUCAAAACCAUCGAACACCCUCGUUCGAACAUUGUUCUGAGAGAAGUGAACCGUGUAAUUAUCGUUGUUCAAAAAGAGAGGUGCAUUCAUUGUGUUCAAACACCAGAUUUUCCUCACAGGAAAACUCCAACAAAAUUCUUAAUAUUGAACUUUGCUGUCUUCUAAUAACCCAUAACUGCACUGCAAGCCAUACUAACCUGUUACAAAACAAACCAAAACCAAAAAAUCAUUGUCACUGCUACUGAUUGAAUUCCAACAUACAAAAAAGACCACAUGGAAACACAAAACAAUGAAGACAAAUAAACAGAGAGCUGAGAUAAACGACAACUACUAGCUACCCCUUUGGUUUAAAUCUUGGGAGACACACAUUACGGACCAGAAAACAACUUAUUAGCAUUAGAGAACAGCUAAUAAACCUGGGAUGCAUGUGUAUGUUUUACCUAACCACUUGAUUUUUUUCUCUAGCAUUACAUCUAGGUUUGCAGUAUGGGGGUUAAUAUUCCAGUGCAGAGGGAUUUUGAAUCUAUGAUGCAACCUAACCGAAGCACUCCAGAUAUAGUAUAGUUAACAUGGGAGAAGAAUAUCGUUGCACCAUCAGCAGCUAGCUGCUCCAGCAUAUAUUAAUCGUUAUACGGGUGGAUUUUGAUGAAGGUCUAAACUCUUAAAAGGAUAGGAGGUGAGUUUAUAAGCCAUUCAUACCACCUACAGGUACAAAGCCAUGCAUGCACAACAACCAUAUUCAGAGCUCGAAACACAAAGUUAAGAUAAGCAGAGAGGUUAGUAAAAUCAAUCAUUCGAGAGAAACAACCACUUUCACCCCUAGAGUGCUAGUUUUGCAAUCUAAAAUUACCUGAUUCCUCACAGAGCUAAAGGGUUUCUACACUGUGGAAAGAAGAACCAAAACACACCGAUGACCUUGGCUUUCGAAAUCACAUCCUAACCUUUUCCCGUACUAGCAAAUGAGCGCCAGCAUCUAAUCUUUUUGUACCAAUAAACAGAAAAAUUGAAGUCAUCAAGUACACGUCUUAGAGCUAUUGCUAAAGAAAUUCAAAAGCUAGCAGAUGAUGCUAGAACUCACUGGCGACAAUGAACUAGAAACCAAUUAUGAAAGGAAGAGUGGAUACGGAGACAAGCAUUCAAUCAGGAAGGAAUCAAUCAAUCACAUAAUCGAUUCAAUAGUGCCCUUUUACCUCUGUUCACUGCCUUCCCCCUACCAGGCUACCACUGCAUGCUCCCCGAUCGAGGUGUUAGUGAACCUCCCCUGAGUAGUUAAGCUCGUUCAUACUACAGACAGCGUGAGAAAGCAAGCGUUGGGCUCUGAAUAACAUAGAUGGCGUCGAUCAUUUAGAGCUACAGCGUCCGUCGCAUGAAUUGAGACAAACUUCGGGAGAAAAUCAGUUGAAUAAAAGGUUAGAGGAAAUGUAUCUUGAACUGAAGAGACGAUUGAAAUUGCUCCAUGAUCGAAGGUGCUGCCGCUUUUGAGUUUGACCAUUGUAGAGGUGGGAGAGGAUCGCCAAAGUCGAUGGAGAGAUCGAAGUCGGCGGGGAUCAGAAGAGUUGAGACAUGAUUGUUAGGGUUAGGGAUUUGUUUACGAGAGAACAGAGUGGAAGAGGCUAGAAUACUUUUCGUUUAUGUUUGUUUUUAUUUAUUAUUAUUUUUUUUUUUUGGUGAAUAUGUUUGUUCUUUCGUAUUGAGAGACGAGCACGUUAGGCAUUUACAAAAUUCUAUUUUUGAGUUCAAGUCCUUAAGUCUCAUUUCUUAAGGAAAAUCUUAAAGCCUUUUUAUUGGCUGAUAGUGGAUUAGGUAGUUAAUAGGGGUUAGUAGUUAAUAGGUAGUUAAGGGUAAAUAGGGUUAUGCAAAUAUAAUUAAAAUUAAUAU